AUGGACCGUGCUCGCGCGGUUCUCAAGGAUGUCUUUGGCUUCCCUGAUUUUAGGCUCGCCCAAGCAGCCGUCAGUGCCACUCUCUGGACUUGUCACUCCUCUCACCCUAACCUUAAGGCGAUUCAAAAUAUCUUGGAAGGGAGAAAUUCGGCCGUCAUUCUACCAACAGGCGGAGGCAAGAGUCUUGUCUAUCAGGCGAGCUAUAUCCCAGCCCUGUGCUUCGACCAUGGCCUCACCCUCGUCGUCUCUCCCCUCCUCUCGCUCAUGAAGGACCAGGUCGAUGCAUUGGUGAAACGAGGAGUCGCUGCUGCCAGAAUGGACAGCACAGUCUCUAUGGCAGACGCGUCUCAAAUCAAAGCAGACAUACUAUCCGGCCAUUUGAAGAUCCUCUAUGUUGCCCCAGAGCGUCUGAACAACGAAUCCUUCAUUGUCGUCAACCUGCUUGCCGUUGACGAGGCGCAUUGCAUAUCACAGUGGGGCAUGUCGUUCCGUCCUGAAUACUUGAAAAUUGCCCGCAUGGUCCAAGAGAGCAACGUCGAACGUGUACUGUGUCUGACUGCCACGGCCACGCCACCCGUAGUGCAAGAUAUGUGCAAAGCUUUCCAGAUCGACAAAGAGAGCGUUUUUCAGACGCCUGUCUUCCGUCCUAAUCUUUCCCUCCGUGUAGAGGUUGCCGAAACGCUCUAUGAGAAGCUCGAUAUCCUAGUUCCAUUUCUCAAGAGUCGGAAUGGCCCAUGCUUGAUCUAUGUGACACUGCAAAAGCACACUGAUGAUGUCGGCGAUGCAUUAAUGGCCCGCGGAAUCCCCAACGUUUUCAAAUAUCAUGGUGGGCAACGUGCAGACACUCGUCGAAAUAUCCAAGAAAGCUUCAUGGAAGGGCACGAUUCAAUCUGCGUCUGCACUAUUGCCUUUGGAAUGGGAGUGGACAAAAGCAAUAUUCGUAGCGUCAUUCACCUUUUCAUGCCCAAGACACUCGAAAAUUACUCCCAGGAAAUUGGGCGUGCUGGACGUGACGGUUUGCCGUCCACUUGCAUCAUGUUCAUCUCUUCCUUGGACAUUCCAGCGCUGCAAGGAUUUGCAUGUGGCGAUACUUGUUCAAAAAGAGACAUGGAACAAUGGUUGCAUACGGUUGCGAUCAAAGCUCCGUCGGAAGAAAGAGUGAUCGACUUCAACUUGUUUGAACAAAGUCGCAUCUACGACAUACGGAGCAAUGUUCUCAAUCUGCUUUAUGCACAAUUGGAACUCGAGUUCGGAAUUAUUCGGGCCAUAACGCCAUUUUAUUCGAUCUACAAUAUAACGCCCCGCGACGGCAAUGGACUCAAAAAGAUAAUGAGCGACGAUAGUUUUGAUGCUGUUACCAUUAGAGCGAACUGGAAGGCUACUAAAAACGGGUUUGAAGUCAAUGUGGUCGAUGCUGCUUUGCGCAUGAAGGCGAGCCGAAACAGUCUAGCCAGAACAAUCACCCUCUGGGAGCUCGAUGGCUACAUCCAGACUACACCUUCGCAAGUUCGAGCGCGAUACGCACUCCUUAAACCCUUCCCUACCACAUUAGCAGAGCUGAAAGCUAUUGGAGAUAAGUUAUAUGCAGAUAUGGAAAAGAGGGAAACUGAUGGGUUGGCAAAACUGGAACAAGUACUACAACUGGUCACGGACGAUGAGUGCCUGGCGCGUAGUCUGUCGACAUAUUUUGGUGGUGAAAACACAGUGCCUGAGGAAGGAUGCGGCAAUUGCACAUUCUGUUUUCAAGGUCAUGGCGUGGAGUUCACUCGCAAAUCGGUGAAUAAUAUGGAUGCCACCAAGUUGAACGCUAUUCUCCGAGCUUGCGGGGAAAGAGAUGAUCCGCGUUUACUUGCUCGAAUGGCAUUCGGAGUUACCUCCCCCCGACUGACUAUGCUCAAAUGUUCAACCAGUCACCCUCUGUUCGGCAGCAUGGCUGAGAGCGACUUUAGAGCCUUGGUUGCUGCGUUCGAUGUUGAGUGCGCCAAGGUGAACUAUGAGAGCCAAGAAGUUGAGAAACCCAAGCCCACACCUAAGCCUAAAGCAGCCACCAAGCGCACAUUUUCUCAGACUUCCAGCAGUCGCGGUAAUGGUGGUUCAAGCAAAAGGGGUCGUCGGUAG